CGUGAGAAGCACUGCUAUCGGAUGGACCAUCGCAUGGCACCAGGUAGGCAAGGUAGGCAAGGUGGGUGUUCGGGCAACUCCUGAGUUUGGUUUUCAGUCGGUGGGAUCACACCCUGCGACAGCCAUGCGAUCAUGGCUCUUACAUUGGUUUUUCAAUAAGACGAAAGUACUUUCUGGCGUUCCUUCACAUCCCCAGCCAAGGUACAAGUGUCAAUUUGAUCUGACAAUAUCCGAGCGGGUUACACAAAACACAAAACACAAAACACAGACCCACUUCGGGCGACCCAAUCAACUCAGUUCAACUCAACACGGAAAUGUUCGAGGUGCACGCCAUCAGCUCCCAGUUCCGCCGGGCGGUGGGCAGGAUCUUCCGCGUGGACCACGACUACGCCCAGUUCUCGAUCUGGAACCUCUGCCCGAUGAGCCUCUGGGGCCAGGCCAAGAGCGCCCUGCACUCCUGCGGCCUGUGCCGCCGCGAGUGGUUCCCACUCGUUUUCUGGCUGGUGGCGCCCCUCAGUCUCGCCGGGGCGCUGUUCACCUGCCACGAGCUCAGCCGGCUGUGGGCCUGCCCCAGCGCCAAGCUGACCACGUGGCGCCGCCGUCACUUCUUCGUCCUCGACUACUGGCUGCUCAGGAGGGCUCGGCUGGUGGGCUCGAGCCUCAACGCGGUCGCCUGGCUGAUGCUUGUCUACGGCAUCGCAACGAUCUCGCCCAGCGCCAUGGCGCCCUGGAUCCUGGUGACCAGCCUCGUCCUGUCCGCGGAGGGGCUUCUGUGGUCCUUCGAGGUGAUCACCGGCCGCCUGCCGGUCCACCCGCAGACGCUCCUGGCGCUGCUGCUGCACGCCUUCUUCCUGGGAUCCGUUUGCUGUGUGCAGAGCGUCUUCGAGGCGGCGCUGGCCGAGCACGUCGAGCACUCGCUGCGAAUCAUUUGAGACGGACCGCUGUCUGCUGUCUGCCGUCUGCUGUCCGCUUUCCGCUGGCCGCUGAACGGCGAACGUCGUCAUUAAGUAAAGGUGCAGGACCGCCAUAAUUGCUUCGCGGCCUGCAUUGAGCCCAAUUAAGUUGGUGGCGGCACGCACUCCAGAUCACCCCAAUCAGUGUUAACGAAGCCCUUCUGUUCCUUGGCCUGCGGAAUACCCUCUCCGGAUGUCUACUCUGGUGUCCAUCAUAUUGAAAAUCAAUACAGUGUUACUUUACGUUUA